GAACCUUAUCUGCAGUUACGGUGCCGUUUGGCCGUUUGAUAUACCUACAAAUACAGUUGGCGACGGACCAAUAUGUUAGGUAUACUCUUUUCACCGACGUGACGUUUGUUCGACAGCUUUCCAUGCUUAUUAUCAAGAAGUACAUAAGACGUUUACGAUGAGUGGCCAAAUAGUGUUCUCACACAACAUCGGACAUCCGAUAGCCGAUUUAGCACUGUACAGGGAAAUAAUCGACGGUAUAAGAUCUAAUGGACAUUUCGACGUGGUGCACGAACCGAUAACAACUUGGAAGAACACAACGAUCGUGGAACGUUUCAACAACGACAAAUGGGUUAGCCAGAACGACGUCGAUUAUGCGUUCGGAAUAGAAUUGAAAAAAUCCAAAUAUCAUUCCUCUUUGGGGGCCAGGCAUUGUUUUGUGUUGUUUCCAAAAAAUCCAAACACCCAUCGAGUGAUCAGCGUGUUACACGCUAAAGGACUCAACUGCGACACCGUGGACUUUGCCGAGGAACUAGAGAAAUUUCAAAAAGCUUUUCCCGAGACGUUCAGUUUGGUCAGGCCUGACGAUGCAACGAGGUACGGCCAAUAUUAUCUCUCCGAGGAUGACUACUACUCGGACAACAAUAAUUUCGACAGUCCUGUUGGAUUCGCCUCGUGCAGCUUAAGCGAUUGACGGUAAUAUUUUGGUAAACCAAAUACAUAUUGUACCUAUAGGUGGUACUCGUCAUUUGACUUGACUCAAAUAUACAUACUAUAACACUAUAUGUCGGCUGUUUGACAUAUUUUACUUCAUUCCAAUGUAUACUAUGCCAAUGAAUAAAAUUGGUUUUUGUUUCUCUUUACAAUUA